CUAUAGUCUACAAUCACAACACUGUCAAGUGAAACACUCAUACAAGCUGCUAAGGGAUGAGUUCUACAUAUUUCUCAACAACAGGUGUCCUGCUUGCCUUGGCUGUUUUGUACCUUGUUCAUAUACUAAAAUUAUGGAUUCAAAACAUUGGAAAAAAUCUCCCUCCUGGACCCAGAGCUUUACCGUUAAUAGGAAAUCUGCACAUGAUAAACCUAAUGAGGCCAUCCCACUCACUUAUGGAGCUUUCAAAGCAAUAUGGUACGAUUUUUAGAAUUCAAAUGGGGAGUGUGAAAAUGGUGGUUCUCUCAGGAUAUGAAACGGUGAAGAGCGCUCUCGUGGACAAUGCAGAUGACUUUGCUGAAAGGCCUUUUGUCCCAAUAUUUGAAGACAUUAACCAAGGAUGGGGCGUUCCUUUCUCUCAUGGUGAGAAUUGGAAAGAAAUGAGACGGUUUACCCUUUCCACCUUAAGGGAUUUCGGCAUGGGAAGGAGCACAAUAGAAGAUAAAAUUGUUGAGGAAUUUUGUUUGCUGAUUAAAGAACUUGAAUUAGAAAAAGGAAAGCCCACUGACCUAGCUAUAAUAAUAAACUUGGCAGUUGGAAACAUCAUUACAUCAAUUGUGCUGGGGCACCGUUUUGACUACAAGGACCCCACAUUACGUAGACUUAUGCAUCUUGUAAAUGAAAAUAUGAGACUGAUUGGAAGUCCUUCAGUACAGAGAUAUAAUGUGUUCCCACUGUUACGAUACCUUCCUGGCGACCAUCUAAAAGUUAAAAAAAAUAUUUCAGAGCUUCACUCUUUUCUUCAGAAAACCUUCCUACAGCAUCUUAAGGAACUGGAUAGAGAUGACAAAAGAAGCUUUAUUGAUGCUUUCCUUGUCAGACAGCAAGAGGAGGAAGCCAAUCCCAACUCCUUUUACCAUGAAGCUAAUUUACUAAGUAUCAUCGUAACUUUAUUUACUGCAGGAACAGAGACUACAGCUUCCACAAUACGAUGGGUCCUUUUGUUCAUGACAAAAUACCCUGAUAUACAAAAGCGUGUACAUGAAGAAAUUGACAACGUGAUUGGGACAUCCUUACCCAAAUAUGAGCAUCGAGUUAACAUGCCUUACACCAGCGCUGUCAUACACGAAACACAGCGCCGUGCAAAUAUUGUGCCAAUGAACCUUCCUCGAGAAACUACAAAAGACAUAAUGUUUCAAGGUUACCACCUACAACGGGGAACCUAUAUUAUUCCAUUGCUUGAAUCGGUUUUGUAUGACAAGACUCAGUUUGAAAAUCCUGAAUCUUUCUGCCCUGAACAUUUCCUGGACUCAGAUGGAAGAUUUGUCAAGAAUUCUGCUUUUAUGCCAUUCUCAGCAGGAAAGAGAGUCUGCAUAGGAGAAACACUUGCAAAAAUGGAGUUAUUCCUCUUUUUUACCAGUCUCAUGCAAAGUUUCAGUUUUCAUCCAGCUCCUGGGGAUUCUAUAACUGAAAUCAAGCCAGCAAUUGGAUUUACUACCCCUCCAGUAGCUCAAAAGAUCUGUAUUAUAUCUCGCUCACAAGGAAACCAAAAAAAUACCACACCAGAGAUUGCUGCGGAAUCCACCUGGCUAACCCACAAACCGGUUAUCCAUGGGGAACUGAUAAAAAGAGCCCACUACCUCAAACAGACGUCCCAAACCCAACAGGUCACCUGGUGCAAACAACUGCAUGAUCUUAAUAAACUAAACCAAACAAACCCAACCCCAGAGUUAAAAAGCCAAAACUCAGAAACACAGAACAAGAUACAGACUCUAGCACGUACCAAAGUAGGAUACUCACUAAGAAAAUUAAAAGCCACACACUACUCUCAGGGUAAUAGAGCGAGCAAGAUACUAGCUCAAAGACUUCGAGACAGACAGGCCAUGUCCAAAAUAGCACACAUAGAGGCACCAAAUGGAGACAGAAUAGUUGCUACAAAAGCCAUAAGCGACGAAUUCACCACAUACUAUGAAACCUUAUACAACCUUAAAAAUGACCCACUAACGCCCUUAACAUCCCCCGCAUCUAUUGAUGACUACUUAAAGGAUGCCCACUUACCAACCCUCUCACAAAAGGGGAUGCCCUCUCAGUCCCCAUCACUCAACAAGAGCAGUUAUCUUUAUUUACAACACCUCGAGGAGAUGGAUGUCUACAAAAGGAAAUUUCCCUCCUGGACCCACGCCUUUACCUCUGAUUGGAAAUCUACACAUCCUGGAUUUAAAGAGACCAUAUCUAACAUUAAUGGAGGUCUUAUUUUCUCACAUGGAGAAAACUGGAAAGUUAUGAGGCGAUUUACUAUUACCACCUUACGUGACUUUGGAAUGGGAAAGAGCAGUAUAGAAGUAAAAAUUGUUGAUGAAUGUGAUAAGUUGAUUCAGCAAUUUCAAUCAUUUAAAGGCAAGCCAUUUGAUUGCUCUGUGGUCACAAAUGCAGCGAUUGCAAACAUAAUCGUGUCAAUAACCCUUGGAUAUCGCAUGGAGUAUGAAGAUCCAAUGUUUAUGAGACUUUUGAGUCUGACAAAUGACAAUGUCAGGCUGGUGGGAUCACCAAUGGUUUUGAUGUAUAAUUUGUCUCCCAGUUUUUUUAAUCUAUUUCCUGGAAGUCAUAAAACCCUUGUGAAGAACAUAGAAGAGAUACAUGCUUUUAUAAGGAAGACAUUUAUCGAGCAUGUGAAAGAAUUAGAUGCAAAUGAUCAGAGGAGUUUUAUUGAUGCAUAUCUUGUUCAACAAAAAGAGGAGGAAAUGAAUCCCCAAACAUUUUUUGAUGAUCUAAACUUGAUCAGUCUCGUAAGAAACUUAUUCUCUGCAGGAAUGGAGACAACUACUACAACCAUUCGCUGGGGUCUUCUUCUUAUGGUUAAACACACAGAAAUUCAAGAAAAAGUUCAAGAUGAGAUUUCAAGGGUAAUAGGAACUUCACCUCCUAGAUAUGAUCACCGCUUCAAAAUGCCGUAUACCAACGCUGUUAUACAUGAAAUCCAGAGAUUUGCCAGCAUUGUACCCAUGAAUUUGCCUCAUGAAACGACUAAAGAUGUCAAUUUUAAGGGAUAUUUUAUUCCAAAAGGAACAUAUAUCGUCCCUUUGUUAUACUCUGUUCUUCGUGACAAGACACAGUUUGCAGAACCAGAAAAAUUUAAUCCAAAUCAUUUUCUUGACUCAAGAGGGGAUUUUGUGAAGAAUGAGGCUUUUAUACCAUUUUCUGCAGGUCGUAGAGUCUGUGCUGGUGAAAAUCUUGCACAAAUGGAGCUGUUCCUCUUUUUUACAAAUCUUCUACAAAAAUUUUAUUUCCAUCUGCCUCCUGGGGUAACCGAUGUCAAUCUUACCCCUGAAAUUGGAAUUGUGACACCUCCUGUGCGUUAUAGAAUUUGUGCAAUAUCACGGGUUUGAUUACUUAUGUGAAUGGAUUUCUGAUGGUAUCUUUAGCACAGCAUCCACCCGCAGAAGUUCAGUGUGAAGUCUGAAACACAGUGUAUACCUGUGCUCAUUUGCAUUUGUGGGUGUACCGUAUGAUCAUUUGAUAAUGUUAAUUAAACACUAUGGGUAUACUGGUAGUUAAGCACUAUGGAUUUUUAUAGAUAUGUGGCACUUUCAUAUUGUAACUCUAUGAUUAAAGCUAUGUCUGAAACGUUACAGCGCUGAUUGGUGUUUUUCUAUGUUCUCUGGCCCCAAAUAAAGACAGCCUUUUAA